AUGAGUGUGGUCCGCAACUCGCUCACCAUCUUCGUCGUGGACAUAUCGGCGUCCAUGGGCUCGGCCCGCACCGUAUACGAAAAGGUGUUCAAGCCCUACUCGGGCGUCGAGGUCAAAGAGAGGAAGACGACCGACCUCCAGUGGGUCUGCGAGUUCAUCUCGGCCAGGAUCGUCGAGAUCAUCCUGAGAGGCCUCAAGACGACCAAGGUGGCCCUCAUCACCUAUGGCUCGCCGCGCACUAACAACACUGUCGUCGACCAUGGAGGCUACAGCGAGGGCUACGACGGCAUCGACGAGAUCUUCCGCCUCAACGUGCCCACGCUCGACACCCUCGACCUCGUACAGAGCCUGCGGGCGGUCGGCGAAAACGACAGAGCGCCACCAGCAGACCCGCUGGCAGCUUUGGUCGACGCCAUCCAGCUCUCCACCUGCCCCGACCGCGGAGGCAUCAAGGAGUCGCAGAAGAGCACGUGGACUAGGAUGAUCUACCUCAUCACCGACGGAAAGUCCAACUUCAGCUGGCUCGGCAGCGACGACAUCAAGGGCAAGAUCAAGACGGAGCAUAUCAACGUCCGCGUGCUCGGCGUCGACUUUGACGACGAAGACGUUGGCUUUGUCGAGGAGAACAAGGACGCGACCAAGCGAGCCAACGAGGGAUUCUGGCACGAUUUCCUCGCCGGCAUCGACACCGGGCUGAUCGCCACGGCGCAGGAUGCCAUCGAGCAGGCCAGCCUGCCCAAUGUCCAGCUGACGAGCCCGUCGCCAUCCAAGUCUACGCUCUCCUUCGGCGAUCCCAAGGACCUCGCCAGCAAAGAGGCGAUUGCGAUCCCGAUCGCCAUGUACAAGAUGACCGAGCCGCAGCGGCCCAUGACGCAGUCAAAGAUCAGCAAGCUGGCCCAGGAAAGCGCCGGAGCCAGGAUCGAGAGGGAGAUGCAGGAGACCAGGAUGCAGGAGCUGGUGCCGAGCAGCACGCCGGCGCUGGCCAAGGGCGAGGCCGACGACGAGCCUGCGCCCGUGCCCUCGUACCGGGCCGAGACGAGGCGCGACCACUUCCUGCUCGAGGACAUUGGCCGCGUGGAAAAGGGCAAAGGCCAGACCGCACAGCCGCUGCCCGAGGAGUCGGUGGCCAAGUUCACGCGUGCGUGGAAGCUGGGCGCAUCGUUGAUCCCCGUCCCCGACGAGGCCUUUGGUCAGAUGGACACGAUGCCUGGCCUCGAGAUCCUGCACUUUGUCAAGUCUGAGGCGUACCGCCGCGAGUACAGCCUCGACCAGAUCUGGUUCGUCUUCCCGGACCUCAACAACACCAAGGCGCAAAUCCAGCUCGCGAGUCUGGUCCGCGGCAUGCACGAGCUCGAGCUGAUGGCCGUCGUCAGGCUGGUGCGCCGUCAGCACGCGGAGCCCGAGCUGGGCGUGCUAUGGCCCUACCCCGGGAAAGACUACAACUGCUUCUACUACUCGCGCGUGCCGUUCCGCGAGGACUACCGCCGUUUCAUCUUCCCGCCGCUCGACCGCAUCAUCACCAAGGAGGGCGACGAGCUGUUCGAGGGCCCGUCGAUCCCGACGGCCGAGGAUCAGGAGUUGUUUGACGAGUUUGUCGACUCGCUCGACCUCAUGGAGGUCGACGGCGGGACGGGCGAAAACGGGCAGUGGUUCAACAUCCUCGACUCGUUCAACCCCGCCAUCCACCUGCUCAAGGACGCCGUCAAGCACCGCUUCGUCCACCCAGAGUCGACCGAGCUGCCUGGCCCGCACCCGGAGCUGACCAAGUACUUUAGGCGCCCGGUCGAGGUGACGCAGCGCUCGCAGGGCAUCCUCAAGCGCUGCAAGGAGAGGUUCAAGAUCGGCUUCAUCCCGCCCAAGAACAGCUUUGAGAAAAAGAAGCGGCUGGCGCACGAGGCCGGCCAGAGGCAGGAGGCCCAGGGCUGGCACGAUGCCAAGAAGACCAAGAUCGACGAGCAGCAGGCGGGUCAAGGUGGUGCGCCGAAGCGCGAGAGCGGCGCUGCUGUCCGAAUGGACGACGGCGACGACAGCGAGACGGAGGACGAGGACGAGGGGCGCAACAGACCGUCGGGUGCGGCGGCGGCCGAGGGCCAUGGCGACGACGGCGACGGCGACGGCGACGAAGAGGCCAUCAAGGCGGAGGAGGCAUCGCAGGGCCUGCCACUGACUCAGCCCAGCAGCCGCAUCGGCACCGACGACCCGGUCGAGGGCUUCAAGAGGCUCGUCGAGUCCGAGGACGACGUGACCAAGACGUUUGUCGAGAUGCUCGACACGAUCUCGUACCUGCUUCGCUCGCGCGAGUACGCCAAGGUGGUCUUGUGCUGCAAGGAGGCCAAGCGGGUGGCACAGGAGUACGAAGAGGCGAUCCGAUGGAACGGCUACAUCCGGCAGCUCAAGCAAGAGGCGAUGAACAAGCACACGCAGUUCUGGGACGAGCACAUGGCCGGUCGACUCGAAGUGGGCCUGGUGACCGAGGACGAGGACGAGGCGCGCCAGUCGGACGUGUCGAGGGAGACGGCCGACGAGUUUGUCCUGUCGUCUACCGAGUCGCGCGAGUAG